CCUAUACGUCGGACAGCCAACAUGAUUUCGCAAAUCCUUUUGAUCAUCAUCACCAUCUUCCUGCCUCCUGUCGGUGUUUUCAUGAUCGCAGGCUGCGGCGCAGAUUUGCUCAUCAAUAUCGCUUUGACCGUCCUUGGUUACUUCCCCGGCCAUAUUCACGCCUUCUACCUCGAAUACGAACAGGCCAACGUGGGCCUCUACGACAACACCGCAGCGCCUGGUGUCUACAGCGAUAACGUUCAGACUGGUGGCCGCGGCUACGGCACCAUGCCUCCUCCCGCAACUGGCCCUCAAGUGAACUAG